AAGAAAAACCCUAAUUUACAAUUCUCCAAAACGCCCUAAUUUUACUUUCAGUUCACCGGAAGAAUGGAAGAAACGCCGGUAGAUGAAGGAGAUACCAAUAAAGAUGUUGAAGUUGCUCCGGCUUUAAUUGCACUUCACCCAUCCGAGAAUUCUGUUGCCGUCGCCGUUGGCUCCGACCUGCGUGUAUUCGAUCUUGUAGGUAAUUGUGCGGUUUCUUUGGUUGAUGAAUCUGGGCCACCGUAUCAUAAAGACUCCAUUAGAACGAUUUGUUAUGGUUCGAAAGGGCAGCUUUUUAUAUCUGCUGGUGAUGAUAAGACUGUUAAGAUUUGGUCUACUGAGUCUUGGCGCUGUAUUUAUAAUGUGGUUUCUGAAAAACGGGUGAGUGCCGCUGCAAUUAGCCCUAAUGGUCUGCACGUUUGUUUUGCCGACAAGUUUGGGGUUAUCUGGGUUGUGGAUCUUGAUGGAGGAGUUGAUGGGAAUCAACCUCUCGUCAAUAAGAAGGCAGUGUCAUUGCUAUCACAUUAUUGCAGUAUAAUAACUAGCUUGAAAUUCUCACUGGAUGGUCGGUUCUUAGUCAGUGCGGACCGUGAUUUUAAAAUUCGGGUUACAAUGUUUCCCACAAAACCGGUGAAUGAAGCUCAUGAGAUUCAAAGUUUCUGUCUAGGCCACACUGAUUUCGUAUCCUGCAUAGCCUUCGUUUCCAACCUGCAGUGCUCACAUGGGUUUCUUAUCUCUGGAAGUGGUGAUUCAACUGUACGCUUGUGGGAUAUUCUCUCUGGAUCACUCCUUGACACUUGCGAGAUUGGAGAUAAGGUAGAAUUAUUAGAUUCUAAAGAAAGAGAGGGAUGCCAUUCAGCUGUCACAAGUCUCUGCACGAUAGCCGAUGGUGCCCUUGUUGCAGUGGCGGUUCAAAGCUUGCAUGGAAUAAUUCUACUGAACUGUGACCUGUCAAAUCAUACUCUAUCCGUAGUCAAGGUGGUUUCUAUAAGUGAGGAGACAUUCAUUCCGACUAGCCUAUCGACCAGUUGCUCGACUGGGUACCUAUGGAUGGUAACUGGUGUAUCCAGUUUGCACAAUUUGGGGCACUCCUCUCUAGCCCAUGUUAAGGUCAUGAGUGGUUUCAACAAGGACAAUUCCACUGCAAAUGACGUAUCCGUGGUAGAAGAUGAUGCAAUACCAGGGGGAACAAAGCUACUUGAAAAAUUGCAGGGAGGCAUAACAUUCGACGAAAAAGUGUUCUUGGCAGCUGCUGAAGCUGUCAAAACUGCAAUGAGUAAUUUGUUGACUAAGAAACAAUACUCCAUCGAGAAGCGUGACUUCAGAAAGAGAACAAGAAAUGAUAGGAAGCUUAAACAAUGAUAUGAGUAUUCAACAGUGUUCCAACACAUCAACAACAGCCAUCCUGUUUCAUGUAAAAUUUGCUCUUUAUUCAACUUUUUUUUUGGCUUAACAGAAGCCUUUUAGUUCUUAGAUUAUAUUGUGAUAAUGUUUUUUAAUUUAUUCUCCAAAAGUAACUUGACGUGCUUUAGCCGCAGUUUUCUUUGUCAAAGCCAUAUCAGUAAUACCCAAUAGGAAAUUAAGUUUGAUUUUGAAGGAGAUUAUGUUCAACUACCAAAAUAGUCCUCAAUGGAUGAAAACUAAUUUUUUUUC